AUGGACAAUGCCCUGUCGUCCUUAGAGUCUCGGAUUUUGCUUCUUGAUGGCGACCUCUCGCAGGGUCUUGACGAUAAGCGGCCUUCAGAGAGCCCAUCACUCAAGCAACCGUCAUCUGGGAGGUCUGCUGAUAGAACAGCAUCUACCUCGUCAUCCUCUCCCUCGUCGCUAAUAUCUGGUCGUCCUCGUCGCAGACCAAUUCCUCGCAAGGGCCAUACCAAAUCAAGGCGGGGAUGCUUCAAUUGUAAGCGUCGACGUGUUAAAUGCCAGGAAACAACACCGUCUUGUGAUAACUGCGAUCGUCUUGGUCUUCGAUGCGAGUAUCCUCAGCCUUCAGAUCAGGGGCUGAUGCAUCUGCCUUUACCUCAACUUGCCCAACCAUUAUCUGAUGCGCAAUUUUCUAUGUUUGAUUUACGCUACUUUCAUCACUUUCUCCUCCAUGCGUACCCUGGUCUUCCCAUUCAAGGAGAAGAGGUAUGGAAAGAAGUUGCGAAGUAUUCUCAUGGUUUCGACUUCUUGGCUCACGCCAUGCUGGCUCUUGGAGCCUCGCAUCUCGGCCUCUGCAAUGGCACUGAUUUCAAUUCUGACGCCAUAUCGCAUCGCAUCAAAGCAAUCAAGUCACUCAAUUCUGCUCUGAGUACCCCAUGUCAGACCAAGGAAGAGGGUGAUGCUCGAUAUGCUACCCUUAUGACUCUAACAUGGCAGUCCUCCUACAUGCCUGAUGGGAUGCAAGAGUUCUUGUCCAUGCUUCGUGGCUGUACUAUUGUUUCAAAAUGCUCAGUUUUCCCAUUUGAGGACUCCGCGUUUCGCAUGUUCUCAAUAGAGGGGCAUGUACAGCGUGUUAACGAUAUCAACAACGGAUUCGACAUAGGCCUAUCCGAUGAUGAAGCUAUUGACGCUGGUAUUGCAUCCAUAAAGGCUGUUGCGCGUCUGAGUAACAGCACGCUUGAAAUCAGCCUUAUUGCAGAUCUUCAGAGGAUCCUCGAGAUGUCGCGGACUACAUGCGUCGGUGCCUUUGGUGCCGUUUGUCGAGCAUACGAGCUAUUCGGAGGGGCCAGCGAUUCUGACUUCCUCACAAUAUCUGAUUCCGACAAUCACGUUGCCCAAAUCAUUAUGGCGCAUUUCUUCGCCAUUGAGUAUGUGCUUGCCUCGAUCGCUCUAGUGCCAGUGUCGCCAUCCUUCCCAUUUCGCCAGACCAUCAUUACAGCCUGGAUACAACGAGUUAAGCGACAGGUCCCAUCAAGUUAUGGAAUAUAUAUAGAGUGGCCACUCGAGUUUAUUUCAAAGGCCAACAGUGAUUGGGGGGUGACAAAAGUCCUUAGAACAUACCACGGCAUCGCGAUAUCCGAACAGUGGCAGGCCUGGGAGACGGCGCACUUCUUCCGCGUCAGGUCUAUCAUUGACAACCCGACCGUAGGCGCCCGGCUUAUUUCCUAUGGCUGCAACAACGGUGAUGCAAAGUCACUCAACUGUACGACGACAUGCUCGAACGCAACACUUAUAUGGACGAGCAGUCUUCAAGGGUUCAAGCGCGGUUCUGUCUCGCCUGAUAAUAUCGCCAAGUUUGGGAGAGUGAUGGCAAAGCCAUACUGUCAGGCUGCGAGUGCUGGCAUUGACUUGGAUAUCGCUGGACAAGGUAUCGUCACGGCGUAUAUCAUCCAGCUGGUGCUCGUUCUGUUCCUCGGCCUCUGCUUCAAACUCACAAGAUCCUGGAUCAGAACAUUUGGCCGCAUGACUAGCUCUUUCCAUAAAGACUCUGUGUUCCGACAGACAUGCCAAAGGUGGCAGACAACAGUGUCCGAAACACGCUUCGCCAAAGCUGCAUCUUCCGCUAUGCUCGACUUUCAGGAGUCGCAGGCUCUGUUCGCUGCUACCAUCUCUAUCACAGCCAUAAUCACGUUCGACGGCGGAAAUAGAGCUGGCUUGGCAAAUAUGCUUAGCCUCUUCUCUUGGAUGUUCAACCAUCGCAUUUUGCAGGGUCUCAUCACAGCAGGCAUAUAUCCCGUCCUGUUUGCGCAGCUCGUGAUGCACCGAGCUGGAGAGCGCCGCUUUUAUACUCUAUUCUUCGUUGUACUUUCUUGGAUUCUCAUGACCGUCAUCACAGAGUUUCAGGACUUCAACGCCGAAGCAUUCGAAGAACACUUGAAGCAGGUUUCGACCGUGGAUGCUUGCGGAGGUAACCCUGGUCCAAUGAGUUUCUGUCAGGGAAUCAAGGAAAAGAACAGCUAUGACUUCUUCAACAUCACUCUUGCUUGUCGCUUUGUUGCUCACAUCAUUGUAUCCUGUCUCAUUAUCGACUGGAUUGUGGAUUUUACUAAAAAGCGAAUGACCGGAGAUAAGAUCAAGUACACGCAGAUUGGGGGAGACUCUCGAACAAUCUUCUCAUUCGCAGAGACGAAAGGCGCCAAACUCUCACUGGGUGUCUUCUGGGCUGCUAUCGAACUCCUAACCGUUAUCAUGAUCUUCAUUGGCCUGCGCGAGAUGGUUGAACUUCUGGACAUGCACUCGGCUGAUGAUGGCCUAUCAACGUGGGGCUUUGGACAACUCGUCGCCGUGGCUAUCUGGUUCCCAGUAAUGAUCAAGUUUAUAUGCCUCAGUAUAUUUGGACCUAGGAGAGAGAUCAGGCAGAAGACCAAUACGAACAGGCCACAGGUCAUAGAGAUGGCUAGCUACACGCACAAAAAAGCGAAUAACCCAUCACCUAGUUCUACCUAA